AUGGCAAAAGGUAAAAAGGCUAAAAAUAAGAAGAGAAGUGCCCAAGCAGGCCAGAAGAGGACUAGGCAUCAAAUGGAGGAGACUAAGGAAAUCCCAACACAACAAAAGCAGUAUAAGGUAUCUGAGUUUGAAGAUUCUAAUGGGAGACCAAAGCCUCAUUCUGAUUUUCUCAAUGAUGUCAAUUCCUCAGGCGGCGACCUUGCUAUGGGACUCAUCAUGACAUCGGCAGCUGCACAUGACGAAAUCACCGUUUGGGAUCCUAAAACAAGGGCUCAAUUGCACACAUUCAGAGAAUUGAAGUUUAAACCAGCUUCUAAUACUCUCUGUGUGACCAAUGAGUGUGGAGGGGUUGUUCUCUGAGCAAGUAGCACCAAGACCCAGCUUGUAGUUUGGGAUUUCAACAGCAGCACAAAAUUAUUUGCCAUCUCCACAAAAGAGCCAAUCACAUGUCUCAAAAUUAUGAACAAGGGUGCUCAUAUAAUCGCUGGAACGAAAGGAGGAAGGAUAAAUAUAUGGAAUUCACAGUCAGGAAAACUCAUUGCGGACUCUUCUGCUCACUUUGAAGAGAUCACUCACAUGAGCCUUGAUGCAAACGACACCCUCCUUCUUACUGGAAGUUCUGAAGGGAAUGCUAAGCUUUGGAGUAUUGGCGACCUCAUUGUAACUAGCGAGAAUAGGAUCAAAGAUGACCAAGAAAAUGUACUCGAAACUGAAGCAGAAUGAAUCGCAGAGUUCAAGGGGCACGCCAACAGGAUCACAGGUGUCCUUAUAAAUAAAUUUGCUACAAGAGCAUACACUUGCUCUGAAGAUAAGACUUGCAAGAUUUGGGACUUAUUCUCAGGAGCUGAGAUCAAAACUAUCACAUGCAUCAGUCCCAUCAAAUGAAUGGAAGUUGAUAAAAUAGAAACAAGUAUUUACCUUGGUUGCAAGAACAAGAAUGUCUAUUGCUUCUCUAUUGAAGCCGUACUUAAUGAUUGGGGAUCCCAGAAGUCAGCAAGGGUCUUGAAUCCUCACAAAAAUGAGAUUUCUACAAUGUCCUUGACCAAGAACGAGAGAUAUCUGGUGGUAGGCAGCACAGAUGGCGUGAUUUACAUAUGGGAUCUUUACCAAGACGAUCACCUUAAGACACUAGAGAGGCAUAAAGAUUGUGGAGAGAUCACGAACAUACUGCCACUGACCAAACCAAUUUCGCUUUUUGGACUUUCUUCUGUCAAAACAUCGCCUAAACUUCCAUUUUUGAUGGUCAACGAGACUGAAAACCAAAAAUUAGACAAAGCUCUGUCACCUGAAGACUCCAGUGUUUAUGCAGAAUUCAUGUGAAGGGAUGACAACACGGAUAUGGCAAAUGCCUUCCAGACUUGUACAGACAUGUUGUCUAAAUCUGAGGAACAACUAGAAGAAGAGUAUUGGAGCAUGCUAUAGAAUGUGGAGCACUUUCAUAUUCAACAAUAAUUGUAC